AUGGCGGCAAAAAAGGCGGGAAAAAGGAGGACCACGGUCUGUUUACUGCACUGCCUGCACGGCACCCUGACGCCGGCGCCGCCCCACGGGAUUUUUUUCGCUUUUUCCCGUGUCGUGGCCACGGACUGUGAGCUCAGCGGCUGCGCGGGCGGGCGGCCCGGCGGGGCCGCUUUCGGCGGGCGGCAGAGGCGCGGUCGCAGCGCUCACGGGCCGGGGGCGGCGGGCGGGGGGCGAGCGGCGUCGGAACAGGGCUGCACUCCCCUUUCCCGAUCCCCGCGCGCGUCCCUCUCUAGACGCUGGAAGCGACCGCGUGCCGGAAAAUGCCGCCGGGGCGGCGCGCAGGCGGCGGAGCGGGGCCCCGGCUUUCCCCGCCCCUCCUGCCGCCAUCUUUGGAAGGUCAAGCGAGCCGUCCCCGUCCCGCCGCGUCGCUGUCUCGUCCCGCCGCGUUCCCGCCGCCUCCCCGUGCUUCCCCGCCGUCUCCACUCUGACACGAUCCGCCCCCGUCCCGGACCCCCUCCGCUGCAGGGAAAUGCAGGAGAACGCGAAAGCAUCGGGGCAGAGCAGCCGCUGGAGGUGCCCGAGCCGUCUCCCCCUUGCCCGCAGGGCCGGCGUUGCCCACCGCCGGCAGCUGACAGGUCCGUGCUGGAGAGUGGGAGAAGGGUCCCUGCUGGCUGCCGUGUCCUGGGUGGGCACAGAGCUCUGACCUCGGCCAGAUGGGCUGUUCGGUUUCUUUCUCACAGGUUUCCGGGUGUUUUGAUCCUGACGUCGCCAAAGCCUCAGGCUUCUCUCCCUGGGCCCUUGCCGUUGCCGUAUCUCUUGGAUGCCGUGCAGAACGGAAUCAGGCAGCCAAGCCUCAGGUUCACCUUCUCCCUCACCCUCUGCGCUGCUCGUGUGGCACAGCAGAUCCUGAAGCCAGAGGAGCACGUGUACAUAAGGGUAAAGAGAUUCCUUCUGUCACACCGGUAUUUGGACCUGAGGAAGGUACCAGGUUUUCUCCAGCUUUUCUACAGUUUUGAUUUUGAGUACAAAACAGCACGAGUGGAUCCUCAGAUUUCUUGGGGAAGGGCUGCGUGACAAACAUUGCUGUGAGCUCUAUGUCUACCAGAGGAUUUUCCGGGUCAUUCUUUCCCUUCUCAGCAGUCCUUUGUGUGACCAGGGCUCCCAGAGUCCUAUUCUGGAGAUACGACAGAGUGCUGCCCGUGUCACCUCUAGAGCUGCCCAUGAGCCGAUAGAGGAUCACAGCCUCCUCUCGUGGGUCCUGCACGGCUUAGAGAAAAGGUUUCUGGAGAACCAGGUGAUAAAUAAAAUGAUUUCCUUACUCCAUCCUUUGUGGCUAAUAAAUUUAGGAGACAAGAGAGAAAACAGGAAUCGAUCCCAGAUGCUGCUGUUGAGAUGGGUAUAUGAUCUACCUGUAUAUAGAUAUAUGCGUAUCUAUGUAUAUCUGUGUAGUGAUAAUAAUGGGAGUUUUUAUGAUACGUUGCUUUACUGUCUUAUAUUUUUAAUAAAGUGUGAUUUUAAGUUAUUAGGUAUAACAUUUUAUUCUGCUUAUUGGCUAAAGUAACAUUUUCUUGUAUUUUAUUGGUAUCAAGUCAUGUUAAUCAUUAAUUGGUAAGAGUUUAUAAUGAAUUAUUAAGGUGUGAAUAUUGUUCAUUAAGGUACGUCUUUUUUUUACUGUAGGUAUUUUCAUGUGUUCGUAUGGGUUUUUAUGUUAAUGAUUUUGGGUUUUUGUGUUAUGAAUAUAUUAGUAUUUUAUUAGGGUUUUUUUGGUUAGUUUACUUGUUUGGUGUGUAGAUCACUCCUGUUAAGUAUGUUUAUCUAUAUAUGUUUUAAAAUGUAAGUUAUAAAUCUACUUGUUAAGGAUUUUUGUAGAGUUCUAUGUAAAAAUUUAAAUCGGUAGGGGAGAUAAAAAGCACUAAUUAUUAAUAAGAUGAGUAUUUUAGUUUUUAAUAAUGAUUUAAGUUAUUCAGCGAUGUUUUAAUUUUUGAAAAUAUUAUUUAGUUAUUUUUUAUGUGUGGUUGAUUAAUUUUUUUAAAAAAAAUUAGUAAUGUUUUUGUAAAUUGAUUUCUUGUGAUUUCAUCAAUUUAUAUAUUUUUAAAAAUGUUUUCUAUUUAUGAUUGUGUGUGAAUAAUAAAAAAUGAACAGUU